GAGAGAGACGGACGGCGGAGGCUCGUGGUCAGCCAGUCAUUCUCCUACUCGUCCACUGUAGUUGAAAAACAAGCGCACUCCGCCGCCGUCGUCCACUGAAUCGAGUGGCUCCUCCUCCCCCACUCCCCACUCUGCCGACUAUCUCCGGCCCACGCCGCCUGGACCGCAGGAUACAUUGGCGAGCGAGCAGGGGAGCGGAGCGAGCGCCGGCGGCCGGCCGCUGCGUGCCGGUGAGGAGCACGGAGGUCGCGCGCCGGCGACGCCGUCGUGCUUCCACUUCCGGUGCUAAACCCGCGUGAUAUCUAGAACAUGAUCACCAGAGCUACUCAAAUGGAUGGUGGUGUUUCCUUCCAUGUGUAUCUGACUAUCAGCUCCUGACGGCCCGGUGCCGCAAACAGAGGAGCAUAUUCUUCUAGCACCACAGGUUGCCGUGCCAUCGCUUAUUGAUGAUCCAGAGUUUAUAAGUUGGGGAGGUGGACCUUCGAUAACUCUUCAGUAUCUACAAGUUCCCUGGUUAUGAGGUUCCUAUCAUCCGUGGGUCUGCCUUGUCAUCCGUGGAUGGCCACGGUCAUCCUCCCCCUCCUCCUGCUCCUUGUGCCUCUCACCGCUGCCCAAAUGUGGCCAUCUUGUGGCGAGAGCGGCGACUACGAAUCAAAGAGCACCUACGAAGCCAACCUCAGGCUCCUCUCAUCCACCCUCCCGAAGAAAGCAGCAUCCAGCACCACCCUCUUCGCUACCGACACCGUUGGCAAUGUUCCGAAUGUCAUCUUCGCCCUCGCACUCUGCCGUGGGGACACCAACUCCUCUGCCUGCGAGGGUUGUUUGGUUACCGCCUUCCAGGACGGGCAGGAGCACUGCACGAACAAUAAGGACGCCGCCGUGUACUAUGAUAGCAAUCCCUGUAUGCUCAGGUUCUCCAACCAGAAUUUUCUCGCCACCACCGUCAAUGAACAUAUACUCGUCAUUGGGAGCAUCGAGAGCUUGAUGAACUUCCCGAAGCUCUUGUUGUUCACGCUUCUGAACAGCACGGCUCAAUCGGCCGUGAACAGCUCAAGGAGGUUCACUACCUCACGCUUAGACGUCAGCUCCUUCCCUACACUCUACUGCCUUAUGCAGUGCACACCAGACCUGACCGCGGACGACUGUGCGGCCUGUUUGCGGCCUUACAACCAGUAUACACUCAAGUACAUGGAUGGUAAGAAAGGUGGUCGAGUACUGGGGACACGGUGUACCAUGAGGUACGAGACAUUCCCAUUUUUCCAAGGGGACCCCAUGCUGCGUAUUAUCAACUUGGCAACUGAAGUUCCGCCAAACAACAACACUAUGCCGAUAAUUACCGCGAACCCAGCCCCGCAGUCGCAGUCGCCGGUUGAAGCACCACCACCUCCGGAGGCGCAAGCAACCAUCCAAGAACUUCAUGAAGUAAGUCAGGAAAUUAGAGCUGUAUUCUACACGAAAUUGUCUUUCAUGGCAGUUGAUUUGGUCUAUAUAGUUGCAAUGUCUGCUUACAAGUUGGCUAGUUGCUUACUGCUUAGUGGAUGGAUUAGAAUAUAUGUGCUCACUAGUGGAUUAGAAUCAAUGACACAACUCACGCAAGAGGGCGCUCUGGAUUAUCACUGUGGCAGCUCUAUUACUGUCAAUAUUUCUGUGUAUUAUCUGUUUUGUUGUAUGGAUGAGAAGGCGAAGAAAAGGCCGGAAGAGGACGCAUUGGCUUGGAGAUUGGAACAGAAGAGUUCGGAGUUCAUUCUGUUUGACUUGUCUGAGAUAUUACAUGCUACACACAACUUCUCCAAAGAAAACCUACUUGGGCAAGGUGGUUUUGGCCCUGUCUACAAGGGCCAGUUACCAGAUGGAACAGAAAUUGCAGUUAAAAGGCUUGCCUCACAUUCAGGACAGGGUUUCACAGAAUUCGAAAAUGAAGUUGAACUUAUUGCAAAACUACAACACAGUAAUCUGGUCAAGCUCAUGGGAUGCUGCAUUAAGGGAGAGGAAAAACUUUUGGUGUACGAAUAUUUGCCAAAUAAGAGCUUGGACUUCUUCAUCUUUGAUGUUAACCGAACAACUUUGGUUGAUUGGAAUAAAAGAUGUGUGAUAAUCGAAGGGAUAGCCCAAGGUCUACUGUAUCUCCACAAGCACUCUCGGUUGCGCAUCAUACACAGAGACCUUAAGGCCAGCAACAUUCUCUUGGACCAGGACAUGAAUCCUAAAAUUUCUGAUUUUGGGCUAGCAAAAAUUUUCAGCACCAAUGAUACUCAAGGAAGCACAAAGAAGGUGGUGGGAACAUAUGGUUAUAUGGCUCCGGAGUAUGCAUCUGAAGGAAUUUACUCGAUCAAAUCUGACGUGUUCAGUUUUGGUGUGUUGCUUCUCGAGAUCCUUAGUGGAAAAAAGAAUUCUGGUUUCCAUCAGCAUGAAGACUUUCUUAACCUCCUUGGAUAUUCAUGGCAUCUCUCGGAAGGAGGGAGAUGUCUUGAGCUUCUAGAAGCAUCGAUUGUUGAGGAGAUCCAUGCAGCGGAGGCUAGUAGGUACAUUAACAUUGCGCUAAUGUGCGUACAAGAGCGCGCAGACGAUCGACCAACCAUGUCGACUGUCGUCUCAAUGUUAAACAGCGAGAAUGUUAAUCUUCCAGAGCCUAAACAUCCGGCGUACUUCAACCUAAGGGUAUCUAAGGAAGAUGAAUCGGGUAGGGUUCCAUACAGUAAUAAUGCUGACACCAUCUGCAGUAAUAAUGACUUGACCAUCACUGAGGAGCCAGAUGGCAGAUAGUUAAUCACUUUGCUUCAGUUGUUGAUGGAAGUGCUAGCAAUCAGACAACUGGCAGGCAGACCAGGUCAAGUAAACUAGAGCAGAUCAAGUAAGAAUAUCAUAUUUUGGUUCUGAAGGAUGGCGACCGGCGUAUCUCUGUAGCGGUUGUUAGGUCCUCCGUUAAUACUGUAUUUAGCUUUUGUGCACCGCACCAUCGUUUUACACUGGUGGCUGCUGCCGUAGGCUUUAAUAGAAGACUUGAAAUCCAAAGGAUUUCAAUCUGACAACAGAUGCAUUAACUGAAUCCUGCUGGGUAAAAUAUGUGUUGCAUCUGUAUGUGCCUUCCA